CCCACUUUCAUGGGUGUGGUGAUUAGCCUGCUUGGUGAAAAUUUUAGUCAAAUCCGACACGAGUCGCGCUCGCUUCUGACCAUUUAAACCGAUUAAAACGGGCUUAAAAUUAGCACGGCUCCCUUUGCGAUUCCCUCACAGCUGUGGCCAUGGUUGUCGUGUGAAAACGGAUCGGUGUGACUCGGACUGAAGGACGGACGGAGCCCCAAACCGCCUGUUUUCAGGCGUCAGCUGGUAAAGUGUGCGUGAGUGCGUGUGUGUGUGUGUGUGUGUGUGUGUGCGUGUGAGUUUGCAUGCGUGUGUUUUCCCAGCGUAGUCGGUGUUUGGAGCAGAGCGUGGCCCAUCAGCGAAACAAUGAGCGAGCUGGAACAAUUGCGACAGGAAGCUGAGCAACUACGCAAUCAGAUUCGGGAUGCCAGAAAAGCCUGCAGUGACUCCACUCUGUCACAGAUCACAGCUGGUCUGGACUCGGUGGGCCGGAUACAGAUGCGGACGCGACGCACUCUCAGGGGCCACCUGGCCAAGAUCUAUGCAAUGCACUGGGGGAGUGACUCCAGGUUACUUGUCAGUGCAUCACAAGAUGGGAAGCUAAUCAUCUGGGACAGCUACACAACAAAUAAGAUGCACGCCAUCCCUCUGCGCUCUUCAUGGGUGAUGACGUGCGCCUACGCCCCUUCUGGAAACUACGUGGCCUGUGGAGGUUUGGACAACAUCUGCUCCAUAUACAGCCUGAAGACCCGCGAAGGCAACGUGCGCGUCACCAGAGAGCUACCUGGACACACAGGUUAUUUGUCCUGCUGCCGUUUCUUGGAUGAUAACCAGAUACUCACCAGCUCUGGAGACACCACCUGUGCAUUGUGGGACAUAGAGACAGGCCAGCAAACUACAAGCUUCUCUGGCCAUACAGGCGAUGUGAUGAGCUUGUCUUUGAGCCCGGACUACAAGACCUUUGUGUCGGGAGCCUGCGACGCCACUUCCAAGCUGUGGGACAUCCGCGACGGCAUGUGCAGGCAGUCGUUCACCGGCCACGUGUCUGACAUCAAUGCCGUCAGCUUUUUCCCCAAUGGGAAUGCCUUUGGGACGGGCUCUGAUGACGCCACCUGCAGGCUGUUUGAUCUGCGUGCAGACCAGGAGCUGAUGACGUACAGCCACGACAACAUUAUCUGUGGCAUCACCUCCGUGGCGUUCUCCAAGAGCGGCCGCCUGCUCCUGGCCGGCUAUGAUGACUUCAACUGCAACGUCUGGGACACGCUGAAGGGCGAGCGUGCAGGUGUGUUAGCGGGCCACGACAACAGAGUGAGCUGCUUAGGAGUGACGGGCGACGGCAUGGCUGUGGCCACCGGCUCCUGGGACAGUUUCCUCCGGAUCUGGAAUUAAACGAGCCUGUCAUACUCAAAAACUACCCCCUCCUCCCUCCACAACCCCACCUGGCAUAUCCCAACUCAUCACUGGGCGGGUGCACACACUGUGUUAGCUGACUCUCCUUAACUCAGCCCCCAGUUAUCAUCUCUGCUGGUGACCUGUGAGAAAGCACCAGAUGUUUAGUUUUGUUCACAGAGCUGUUGCUCAGCAGCAGAAGUCAGAGCGUCCAGUAAAAAUGUUACAGAAAAGAA